UGAGUACAACUGACACAGUUGUCGCUGCUCUCCGUCGUUGUGAAAUCAUACAAUUUUCUGCUUCCGUAUUGAGCAAUAUGCCACAUGUACGAAAUCUCCUAUCCGUUGCCGGCAACAAACGGCUUGACGAGAAAAAUGUGGCUAACAACCCUGUUUCAAACAGCACGUUUGAAAAUUAUUGCCGUGGGAUACUAUUCUUACUGCGCUUGGGCGGAUUGUGUCCGUGGUGCCGAACCGAAACCGGAACGAAAAUAGUGCGGUAUUCCGUAUUUUGCAGAAUUGUCCUAUUUAUGUUGACCAUCACCUGCUUAAUCGGUGACCUUCUGACUUAUAUCCAUUCUAUGCUCACCACAACCGAGCCAAAAAUCCCGCUGACUUUAAUCGCGGGUUUAUUCGUUCUCUACGAACUCGUGAUAAUAAUAUGCGGCUGGUUGAUGGCAGUUCACUCCCGUCUGCUACCAACUGUAAUCGCAGAAAUCGGUCAACAGGUUCGUGACGCGCCGGUCAUUGCGUCCGCGUUGAAACGCUACAUCACGAUGUUCAUUAUCUUUUUCGGUGGCAGUAGUAUCAUUUAUUUCUUUAUCGUUGCGCGACGAAUCAUAGAUGCAUGGCACCAGAAAGAAGUGAUUUUCGGCUACGAAUUUUGGUCAGUCUACGCAGUGUCGUUCGAGCUUGUCGCGUUAAUCGGCAACUCUUGUGUUGCGCUAGCGUUCAUGAUAUCUUUUGUCCUCCUGGCCUUGACUUUAGCCAUGGCUUUCAAGCAAACGGAACGCCAGUGUACAUACCUGCAUCGUGCUUAUCAUACCGAGCAGAUCGACUACAAAAUAUUCGCAACGGGGAUCAACAAAUGCCGGCAAGAGCACUUGACCUUAUCGUGCUUAGUGCAGCAGCUGGACGAUAUCUACGCGCCGGCUAAUUUGGUUAGUUUGGCCGCGGAGAUCGGUGGAAGUGUGCUGUUUGUGGGAGCAUUAUUCGGCGUGGCACCGUCCAAAGUGGGAUACAUCUUCACAAAUAAUACAACUGGUGUGUUCUUCAGCUCGUUCAUUGCGUUCUGUAAUUUGACCAUGCUUAUGCAAAGAACCUUUGCGGCGGCUUACAUGCACUGCAAGGCACAUUCUAUCACUCUGGUCCUUAACUCCAUCUCGGAAAAGUUGAACAGCGACAACGACGGAUUGGAAGGUCAGAUCAACAAAACACUGCGUCGCUUACGAGAUUGUCCUGUUGCGCUUACGGCCGGAAGUAUCUUCACACUGAACACUGAGUUCAUUUUAUCGGUACCGAUUGCUUGUCAACUGUAA